UCCGCUUUAAAAGUCAAAGAAGAAGAAGAUGAUUGGUAGCGCUGUGCUGUGUGCUAGCCGUGGCUGAUAAGUAACAGAAUAUUAUGAACAUAUUUAUAUUCCGUGUUUAGUUUAACUAACAAAUCAAGGCGCUAAUAGUUUCCUGAGUGGUCUGACUCCAGAUAUGGCGCAUCUUACCCAAAACCCCGCUGAUAAAGAGAGGUUUAUCUGCCUCUAUCCCAUCUACAUCAACAGUAAGAAAACACUCGCUGAAGGACGCCGGAUCCCCUCUGGGAAGGCGGUGGAGAAUCCAUCCUGCGCUGAGAUCAGAGACGUUCUGGCGGCUGCAGGGAUGAACGUCUACGUAGAAAACAAGAUGCACCCUCGGGAGUGGAACAGGGACGUCCAGUUCAGGGGCCGGGUCAGAGUCCAGCUGAAGCAGGCAGAUGGAAGCUUGUGUCAGGACAAAUUUGGAUCUCGUAAAGACGUGAUGUUCUACGUAGCCGAGAUGAUCCCCAAACUGAAGACCCGAACCCAGAAGAGCGGAGGAGGCGAGACCAGCUCUCAGCAGGGAGAAGGAGGAAAGAAAAGCAAGAAGAAGAAGAAAUGAACUCCCAGAGACGAUCUUUAGGAUGAGAAUUAGGCGGGGUCAGAUCUUGAAGUUCGGAGUUUUCUUCAGGAUUUGUUUUUCAGCUGCAAACGUUUUAGUUUCACCUGUUUUUUCUUUUUUAGUUAAAGUUGAUUAAGAGCAGAGAGGAUGUGAGAAAAUGAUGAGAUUUAACUUUUGAGAUAGUCUCCUGGUUCCAGAUCAGUCACACUUGGUUCCUUAUGCUGGUCCUUUUUGUUGUUUUGGUUCUGUUGGACCAGAACCCACCUGUCUAUAAUAAACUGGGUAAUAUUUGUUCCUGCA